UGCGUUCUCAUCACACAAUCCAAGUUUGCCCACCUCUUCUUAGCUCACUCAGAUCAUCUGCCUAAAGCUUGAGUUUGCCCUCGGACGAAGUUCAUUCCAAUCCUUCCGUGUCUCCCUUACAAGAAAGAAAGGAGAGAAGAUGAAGAGCGGCGAGGGAUUCUCGAUCGAGGUCCAGGAGACGAGCGCCGCCGCCAAAGGGAAAGCGCCGCUCAUCCCGGCGCCUCUACCGCCCCCGAGGCCUGAGGGAUGGGGGAAAGGGAUCGCCAUCCUCGACCUCAUCUUGAGGAUAUGCGCCGUCGUGGCCACCCUCGCCUCCACCGCCGCCAUGGGGACGAGCGAAGAGACGCUCCCCUUCUUCACUCAGUUCUUUCAGUUCCAAGCCAGCUACGACGAUCUCCCUACUCUUCAGUUUUUCGUGAUUGCGAUGGCAUUAGUUGGUGGUUAUUUGGUGCUUUCAAUCCCCUUCUCCAUCGUCACAAUCAUUCGCCCUCGUGCCGUCGGACCCCGGUUUCUCCUCCUCAUCCUGGACACGGUGGCUCUAACUCUGGCCACCUCCGCCGGCGCGGCGGCAGCCGCCAUAGUCUACCUGGCGCACAACGGCAACCUGAACACAAAUUGGCUGGCCAUCUGCCAGCAAUUUGGUGAUUUCUGCCAGAAGGUGAGCGGGUCGGUGGUAGGCUCCUUCAUCGCCGUCGUCCUGCUCAUGGUGCUUGUCGUGCUUUCCGCCAUGGCUCUCCGAAGGAUCUGACGACCAGCUACAUACAUCGUCGCAGCAUUUCCUUUCGCUCUUUUCCAUUUGUGAUUUGUGUGGUCUGUGUUUUGCCGUAAAUUUCACGUUCGAGCCCGAGAUUAGUCCUCGAGCGACGCACGAGGUGGCUUGCCAAAGAGGGUGCAAUUCGAAUUGUAUACAGAGUUAAAAAGACAUUCUUAAGUGUAUGAAGUUGUGUUGAAUUGAAUGGGGAAACUUAUGGUUGGCUAAUGUAAUGUUUCGGUUGCAUGCGUCGGCAAAUUCUUUAUCUA